UUUAUAAAUAUUCAAAGGAGAGAGAAAGUGUUAAGAUAGAUUGAGCGAGCGAGAGAGAGUAGUAGUAGUACUAGCUAGGUAGCUGAGCUCCUUGGCUUCACUGCCCACUUAGAUAGCUCAAAACCCAAAAAAGGCCCAGAGAGCAGAAGUGAUAAGGCAUUUGAUGGUUCUUCAUCUCAUCAGACUAUACUGAUUACAGGUCUAUUUUGCAUAAAAAAGAAGGGCGGUGGUUACUUGUGGUUUGGCUUUUGUAGUAACUUUGAUUGACUGCAAUUAUAGUGUUUGUUUGAAGUUUGAGCUUAUAGAAAGAGAGAGAGAAAGACUCCAUCUUUCAUGGGAAUAAGAGAAAGAGGAGAGAGAGACACUACUACUCUUAAUACUUUUACUUCUGUCUCUCCAACUCAUCACAAGUUGGUAGGUAAAAGUUUUUGGUGUGUGGUUGAGAAAGAAAUUUAACUUCUUCUUGUGAUAGAGUACUAAAGAGCGAAAGAGAAGAAGCAUAAACGAGGUUCUUUUUUUUUUCUCUUCUUUUUUCGAGGGUUGGUGGUGGUUGUGAGAAGGAGUAACAUAACGUUUUUAUAGCACACCAACCCUUUUCUUCUCUCUUCGUUCUUUGAGAGAGAGAGAGUCUUAAUUUAGCCAUGGAUUCUUAUGAAGCUACGAGAGUUGUUUUCUCAAGGAUUCAAAACUUUGACCCCGAAAAUGCUUCCAAAAUCAUGGGCUUGCUUCUAAUCCAAGACCACGGUGAGAAAGAGAUGAUUAGAUUAGCAUUUGGUCCAGAAGCUUUAGUUCACUCUGUGAUUCUCAAAGCUCGUAAAGACUUAGGCAUACCUUCCAACUCCCCAUCGACGCCGUCAACACCUUCGUCUCCUUCUCCCUUUCUUUCAAGCAAUCCCAUCACUAUUUCACGGCAGAACUCUACUACUACAUCUGCUUCGAGACUUUCAGUUAACGGCUCCGUUAACUUACAACCUCCUUCUCUCACUAUUCCGAACCCGGCUUCUUCUACCUCAGCUUCUUGGGCUGCUGCCUUUUCUGAGCUUCAGAGCCCAGAUGACUUGAUUAGUCCCAACACUUUACCAAUUGGGUCGACUUCUUCGUCUUCCUUAAGCUCAUCUUCUUUACCCUUUUAUGGAAAUGGAGCUUCGACUGAUAUCAUGGAUGAUUAUCAGCUCCAAGACCAGCUCUCUUUCCUUAACGAUGGUUCUUCUCCAACUCUCGGCCCUAAAAACUCAGAUUUGUUUUACCCUCAACAAGACUUGUCGUCUAGUCCAACCGGUGACCAAGCAGUUUGGUCAAACUGGGGUGGUGGUGGUGGCUCGGUUCACCGCCGGAGCUGCUCCGUAAGCGACGUGUGCUUGAACUCGGAAGAUCCCAACUCAGGUUUUGGAUGGAAGCCUUGUCUUUACUACGCUAGAGGGUACUGUAAGAACGGGACUAGUUGCAGGUUCUUGCAUGGUGGGCUCGGAGACUCAGCAGCCGCUGCCGCCAUGGUGGGUUCGGACGGCGCACCAGUAGUUGGCUCGCCUAACAAGCUAGACAUGAUGGCCGAGUCGUGUCAUGAGCUUCUCAGAUCCAAGUCUGCUCAGCAGCAAAGACUGGCUGCAGCUUCUCAGCUCAUGGCCUCAGCUAACUCCUUCCCUUACUCUCCCAAGUGUAUGAAUUUUCUGCUCCAGCAGCAACAGCAAAACGAAACCCAAAGGGCUGCAGCAGCGUUGAUGAUGGGUGAAGAUUUGCACAAAUUUGGUCGAUCCAGACUAGAAAGAAAUGAUUUUUCAAUGAAUGGUGUGAACCCGGCAUCAAGGCAGAUCUACUUGACUUUCCCAGCUGACAGUACUUUCAGAGAAGAAGAUGUUUCAAACUAUUUCAGCAUUUAUGGACCAGUUCAAGAUGUGAGAAUCCCAUACCAACAGAAGAGAAUGUUUGGCUUUGUCACUUUUGUUUACCCAGAGACAGUGAAGCUCAUUUUAGCUAAAGGCAACCCUCAUUUCGUCUGUGAUGCUAGGGUGCUCGUUAAGCCUUACAAGGAGAAAGGCAAAGUCCAGGACAAGUACAGGAAGCAACAGCAACCACAGGUGGAAAGAGGUGAUUUUUCGCCGUGUGGUACCCCAACUGGACUUGAUUCCAGAGACCCUUUUGAUAUCCAACUCGGAGCAAGAAUGUUUUAUAAUUCUCAAGACAUGUUAUGGAGAAGGAAGUUAGAAGAACAAGCUGAACUGCAGCAAGCUAUUGAACUUCAAAGUCGGAGGAUUAUGGGUUUGCAGCUUCUUGAUGUCAAAAAACAUCACCACCGAGCACUCUCUUCCGGUAGCCCAAUUCAGUCACCAACUCAGUCUCCCAGCUUAUACAAUCAAAACCUUAUCUUUUCAUCAAUUCAAAACAACUCAUCAGAAGUCUCACAUGAAAACGGUUCUGGCACUCCGUCACCUAAUUCUCUAGAUCUGUCAACCGCUGUGGCCACAACCGUAAAAGAGUCCAACUCCAACACCAACUCCAACGACGAAAAUAGCAAUGACAGAGAGAGCCCUCGUGAUGAAAUUGGUGAUUUGUUAGAAAGUUUGGAGCAUAACCUUCCGGAUAGUCCAUUUGCAUCUCCAACCAAAGGAGCAGGAAAUUACAUGGCUGGUUUCUCAACCAGUAUGGCCACUGAGAUCAAUGACUUAGAUCCUUCCUCUAACAUGAACUUGUCUAGUUCAAUACUUCCAGCUGCUCCAACAUUGGAUAUGGGAUCUUUCAAGUCUUUCAAUUGUCAAAUGCCAAGGUUCUCCUCUAGUCAUGGUGCCAUUGGGAUGUAUGCAGGAACCGCCGGUGGGCCAAAAUGCCCAGUUGGAAUUUAGCUUCCUAAUCUUAUAGGAAGAUCAGUAAGAAUAACCAAAAAAACCAAACCAAACCAAAAUCUGUAGAGAAUCACUACCGCCACACUACCCUCAUGAUCAUCAUCACCAUCAUCAUCAUCUUCAUGAUCAUCAUCACCAUGAUCAACCUCAAUACCAUAAUACUACUACUACUACUACUACUUACUACAAUACAAAUUGCAUACGUGAAAGGCAGUAAAGGGAAGUGGGUCAUAGUCACCACCCCUUUUUUUCAUUGUUGUUGUACUACUUUCAAUCAUCAUAUCUCCAAUUUCUGUAGCUUGAAGUUGAACCACAGGUAAAAAGAAAAGGAAAAGAAAAAGAGAAGGAAAAAAAAAACACAGAAAAUGAAUUUUACACUUUGAAAUUAAUAUCUGUAGCCUUGUAACAUCUAUCACUGUAAUUGUAAUUGUUUCCCAUGAAUGAAACAAAGAAAGAAGACCCAAAUCUAGUUUUUUUUA